AUGAACGGCGUAAUCGAGGCGCUGCACAUCUACGAUGAGCACCACCGCGCGAUCCUCUCCCAUACCUUCACCUCUCGCCCGCCCUCCGCCGCCCGCCUUCUCCCGUUGUACCUCGAGCAUCCCGCGCCGAGACCGAACCUCAUCUAUCUACCGAAUACCAACCCACCGACACUCGUAUUUAGCAUUAUCCAUGCCGAUCUGCUUUAUCUAGCCACCUCCUCUUCCGAGAUAGAACCGCUUCUUGUUCUCGAGUUCCUCCAUCGUGUUGUUGACGCCCUCGAGGAGUUCCUUGGCGCCCCCGUCCUAGCCCACAAGAUCGAAGCGAACUACGAUGUUGUUGCUCAGCUGCUUACGGAAAUGUGCGACGCUGGCACGGUUAGUACGACGGAACCGAAUGCUCUGCGGGACGUAGUCGAGGUUGAGGGCUUCCUGGGGAAGCUCCUGGGCAGUAUUAAUCUGCCGGGAAAGCCGCUCGGAGGCUCCAAUGCACCGCCCCUUAUUGCUCAAAAUACCCCGGCCUUGCCUUGGAGGCGGGCAAAUGUGCGACACACGUCCAACGAACUCUAUGCCGACAUCGUAGAGACUCUGUCGGUUACACUGGCACCAUCCGGCAGGCCGAUAUCCGCAUUUGCAAACGGCACCAUUGCCUUCACAUCCAAGGUGUCUGGGGUCCCCGACAUAUUGCUAACUCUCACCAGCCCCUCAGGAAAACACAAUUUAAAAAGCGUCAUGGAGUUACCUGUCUUCCAUCCCUGCGUGCGCCUGAAUAAGUGGAAGGAGAACCCAGGAGAACUCAGCUUCAUACCUCCGGAUGGCCGCUUCAUCCUUGCGGGCUAUGAGGUCGACCUACUCCCCUUUACAAAUGGGAAGAGUGGAACACUGGGCUCGAACAGCCUGAGGCUUCCCGUGAAUAUUGACGUCAAAACGGGUCUAGGGGCGACCGGCUCCGACUUCGAAGUCCGGCUCAGUAUUAAUAAGAACUUUGGGCCCGCCACCUCUUCGCAAUCCGGGUCUUCGUCGAGAGGCGGAGGCCUAGGCGGGAGAAGCUUCGGUGGGAAUUCGGGGACCCCCUCGGCGCCAGCACUACAAGACCUCGUCGUUUCGGUCCCGCUGCCUCCUGAAGUUAGGAACCUCUCGGAUGUGCGGCCGAGUAAGGGAGAUGCCAGCUUCAACCCGGGGACUAGGAUGCUAGAGUGGUAUAUACCGAGUAAGGAGCUCUCGGCCGGGACAUCGCAUUUCGGCCUCCGCUGCACAGUUCAAGGCCCCUUGGCAGAGAGUCAGGAAGAGGCGGAUUUGACCGGCUUCGGCUUCGGCAAAGAUUACACCUACGACGAGCCGUAUCAGACCAGUGCGGACGAGAAGCCGGAAAAGAGCGAAGCAGCGACGCAAGGCGAGCGGGACGCAACGAAGGCGGCGCAAAAUAACAUUCUCAUGCCGAGCUCCGCGUCCGUUAGCUUCUCAGUCAAGGGAUGGCUGCCAAGCGGGAUCAAAGUCGAGAGCAUUUUGAUCGACCCGAGGAAGAGUCGCGGCCUCGGCGAAGGGCUGAAGCCGUAUAAGGGGGUCAAAUACCUCACCGUUAGCAAAGGGGGCAAAGUCGGCAUGUUAACACCAUGGCUCGAAGCCUUUCCGCGCACGGCGACGGCCGUUAUCGACGAGAUCGACAGCUACAUGGGCUAUAAGCUCUCCGAUGUAAUACAAGACGGCCCGAGCCGGCUCUUGACGGCGACUCCGAAUGCCCAGCCGGCAAUUAUGGCUACCUCGAUCCUCAUCCUACGCAUCCUCGAGCGCGAUUUCGGCUUCGACUUGUCCACGCGGGUAGACGUAUCGCUUGGCCAUUCGUUAGGCGAAUUCGCGGCCCUGGUAGCGGCGGGAGUGCUAGAGUUCGAGGACGCCUUGUACAUGGUACGCCGCCGUGCGGAGGCCAUGGCCGAGGCUACUCAGAAGGCUAAGGAGAAGUACGGAGGCGAAUACGGUAUGGUCGCCGUCGUGACGGAGCCGGAGUAUCUCAAAUCCCUCAUCGAGGCGAUAGACGACUUCGUAGGAUACCGUAGUGCGGGGGCGAGGAGCGAGAGCGCCGAGUCCAUGAAGCCGAUUGACCAAGUGCUCAUAGCCAACGUGAACAGCAAGAACCAGAUCGUGCUGAGUGGCAGCAUCCAGAGGAUCAAGGAGCUGGUGGCGCACAUCCAGCAGUUCCUCGGCCACGAUCCUAGAGCGGUCCGAUUGAAUAGUGACAGCCCGUUUCACAGCCCGAUCAUGCGGCCGGCGGUCGACGUGAUGCGGGAGUUGGUCUCGAGAAAGAGCAGAGUGAAGGGCCGCGAGAACGAGGACGUCAUCACCUUUCCCGGCCGAUUGCCAUGCGUAAGCAACGUGAGUGCCCGGCCGUUCGAAAGCGCCGCCGAGGUCAAGGACCUCCUGGCGCGGCAGUGCCUCGAGACGGUCAGGUGGUGGGAGAGCAUCAGAUACCUAGACCAGGAGGAGAAAGUGAGGCGGUGGAUCGGCGUCGGCCCCGGGAAGGUUGGCAGGAAUCUCGUAGGCAAGGAGGUGGGUAUGCGCGGGACCGACUCGGUCAAAGGCGGCGGGGUCUGGGCUAUCACGGACCCGGUCGACAUCGAGGACGUCUUGAAGGGCCUGGAGCAGACUGAGAACCUGCACGAGGAAGAGGAGGUGGAGGCAUAA